AUGCAGGAUAAAAAUAACAUCUGUGCACGGAAACGAGUCUCGAAGAAUCAAAGGACUUACACCUGCUCCGAUUGCAAGUACGAAAGUAAUCGUAAUUAUAACGUGAUGCGUCAUCAAGAGAGAAUACAUUGGAAUUUGAGGCUACACGUUUGUUGCGGGAUACAGUUCUUCAACAAAGGUGAUUAUUACGUGCACUGCGAGCAAAUGCACCCACACACGAGAUUGUACAGGAUGACAUCAAGAAAUAAAUACAAAAUUACCAACGAAUCGUUCGAUAUCACCGAUACACAGAUCUCUAAUUCGUGGGAGUUACAGCUGAGGCAACAAUUCUCAAAUAAAAUUUCCGCCAAUGAUCAGAAAUUGACAAGAAAAAUAAAGUCAAAAUUGACUCUGAGGUAUUUGUGUACAUGCAGUGAUUUUGAUAUCGAAGAUAUACCUCUGAUGAACUUUUUAACCGAUCAAAAACUCAAAUCCUAUCUGAAAAUAUUACCCUGUUCGGACGUAACCAAACGUGAUAAUAGAUCUAAAAAACAAAAUCAAAGCGUAAAAAUUGCAAUCUCCUCUACGCAAAACGUGGAAAAAGAGUUGUCCGAGGAUGGUGUAAGUAAUUAUCAGACGAAAGUAUCUAGUUCGUCUUCGAUCUCGUUAAAAUUGCCAACGAAGAAGCUUAUUCUGCACCGAUUUAGAAGCGACGUGGUGCAGAAAUGUGAAAUACCUCUGCGCGAACGGAAUAAUAAUUGCGAUGUACAAGUGGAUCUUGCGGAAAAGCAAGUCGAAGAAAAUACACCCUCGGUCCGUUGUAAUCGAGCGAAAAAAUAUAAACGAUUUAAUAGAGGGAACAAAGAGAACGUUUCGAAAUUUCCAUUUAAUUUGGAAGAACAAUUGAAUGUAAAAUUGGACAGAGACAUCACUGUGCCUGUAGUGAGUCAAUUACACAGGGAUUUUUUGGAUGCUAUCGACUUUGAUCAAUACAAAAUAUUUUAA